CCCGCACCCAUCAAUUUGUAAACAUUCCAUUUCUCGAAAUUAUUUUAACCAACCACCUAGAUUUAUCCUAAAAGAUGACAACCCUGUGGGAUCUUGCUAUUGAGCAAGCAGGCAAAGACCAAGAUGAUGGAAAGAAUGCCGAGGAGAAAAAUCUCUUCAUUGUUGGAGCAAAGAAUUCUGGGAAGACUUCAAUUAUUCUCAGAUUUUUAGAGAGAAAUGAAGCACCAAAGCCCACAGUUGCCCUGGAAUACACAUACGCCAGAAGAUCAAAGGGACAUAAUAUGGCAAAGGACAUUGGCCAUAUCUGGGAGCUGGGCGGGGGAACAUGGCUGUCAAAACUCAUGGAUAUUCCCCUCAAUGCCGACACGCUGGAGAAUGGAGCGGUGAUGAUCUGUGUUGACCUAUCUAAGCCAGAGGAGAUUUGGUUCACCCUGGAGUCUCUCCUGGCCUCAUCCCGGGCUCGUAUAGAGGCAGCCAUUGCAGAUGCAAGACAAGACAACCCAGGUAUCAGGGAGGCACUCCAGAAACGGGCUCUGGCUCGUUUGGGUGAAGAUCAUGCGGACAGAAACAUGCUGGACCCUUUUCCCGUGCCCCUUGUCAUUGUUGGCACUAAGUAUGAUCUCUUCCAGGAUAUGGAUUCCGAAAAGAGGAAAGUGAUCUGUAAAACCCUGAGAUUCGUGGCUCACACAAAUGGCGCAGUGUUACAGUUUUUCAGCACGAAGAUUGAACAGCUUGUUCAGAAGGCGAGGGCUGUGAUUACCAAUCACCUGUUUGGAACCACUCCCAGUAAGGUACUACAGACAGAAUAUAACAAACCCCUUAUGGUUCCAGUCGGCCUUGACUCACUCCAGGCUAUAGGAAAUGUUCCAUUGUCAGAUAAGGACGUUGGGCGGGUUAACGCCAGGAACCCUGUGGAUUUAUGGAAACAUUGUUUUACAAGCUAUUUUCCACAAACAAACACUGAUAACCCAUCUAAGGUUGAAGACCCCUCCAAGGACCCAAAAUAUGCUGAGCCAGCAAUAGACACGCUACGGGCACAGAAGGAAGAGGAGUUGGAGCGAUACCGGAGACAGUCUGAACGAAGAUCGCAGAAGACUCGCUACGAUGAUGUGGCAGCUUAAUGACUGUGAUAUCAAGUAAAGACCCCAUGCAGAGAAGCAUUCCCGUCCAUGUUUGAGAUUUAUUAUCAACGCAAAGAUGAAUAGUCAUCUGUUUACUUUGAAACUUUUAGAACAUUCUUGAAUCUUGGAACGUUUCUGUUCACGGAAGCUGGAUUAAAUUGUUCUUUCCGUUAUUUCUGUUAAAUUAUUCUUAUUAAAUGAUAUUGUUUCAGUUUGAAAAUGAAUGAAUUAUUUCACUAUGAUUUUUGAGAAAAGGUGAAAAAUUGAACUUUCGUCAGAUCAUGUAUUUCAGCUACUGUAAGGCGUAAGAAAAUGGCUUUGUAGAAAACCUCUUGAAGGUGUUUGCUCACAAAAAUGGCAAGUUAACCAAACCUUUUAUUCAACAAAUGUGAUAAAUACUUAUGGCUAUCCAUCCUUUUCCGGCAACUCAAUUUGCUUCAAUGUCAGAUUUUUCCGUUCAGACCGGAAACACAUGAUGGAUAACUUUUCUUGGUCUAAAUUUUUAUUUUUAGGAGUUUUUCAGCAAACCCAAUUUUAUCUAAAAUGCCUGCCUGGUGUGCAAGAAAAUUGCGUCUGCAAGUAAAAUUUCUAUCCCACAUGUCAUGUUACAAGAUCCAACAAUAUACAUCAUUAUUUCUGAUUUGAUAAAACACCUAAAUUUUCUACCGUCAAUGUAUAUUUCAUUAGACUUAUUGUGUACCACUUUUCAAGAAUGGUGUGCCACAUUAGUUCUGUAUAUGGUAAAAUUCUGUGAACUUCAAGAACAACCCUCGUGCAUUUUAAUUGAUUCAAUAUAAAAUCAUUUUAUCUGUGAUAAAACUAUACAAGUUGUCAUGACUGUAUUUCCAUAUACAUGUAUAUUAAAUUAUUUAUAUCAAUCUAAAAUAAAAAUGCAGAAAAUU